ACAUGCCUGUGUGUCCCAGCGCGCAGCGCCCUGUAGCGCACCGGGCAAAUGUGCCAGUCGACUUCAACCGCAAGCGAAACUGGACCGAAUUUGCCCAAAGCCACAGAAGACGAUUACUUUAAUGGGACAGAGAAUUAAGUGACUGCUGAGAUUUGCCCCUGUUGCAAUAUAUGGAAUGGAUUGCUCGAUGGACGAAUAUUACAAUGGUGGACAAUGUCACAAGUGCCCACAAUGUCCACCUGGCCAAGAACUGAAAGAGGACUGUGGUUAUGGUGUAGGAGUGUCGGCAGUGUGUGACGUAUGUGAAGUUCGGUGGUUUAAGGAAGUCUGGGGUUCUCACCCUUGCGCAAUGUGCCAGAACUGCCGCAGACUCAACAGACACCAAACCAAGCACUGCACUCACACAGACAAUGCAGUGUGUGGAAACUGCCUCCCUGGUUUCUACAGCAAAAUGCGACUGGAUAGACAAGAAGAUUUGGAAUGCCUUCCAUGUGGCCCCGCACCCUUCAGAAACAUACAAUGUAGCCGUGAAGGGGGGACUGGUGUUGCAAAAGCCCAGACCUCAGCACCUCCCAUCCAAAAUGUAUCGUCCAUAUUGACUGCUUGUGCAGCAACAGCUAUAUUAACAACCAUCCUAUUUACAAUUGUGUGUGUCACCUACCAGACACGGUCUUCACUCCGGAAAACAUGCAAACGUUGUUUAUCACCAGUCAGUAACAGUCAUCGUGACAGUGAUGCAGCUUCGGUUCCAAUGACAACCCUGCACACAGUGAUGCAGGACGCAGAAGCGGACACAUCAAAUCCUUGCCUGCUAUUGAAGCACUCCUGCACUCUUAAUGACAUCACCACCACGAUGACCUCUGAUCUUGGCCUGCAUAGGUGUGAGGUUCUUCCUCUGAUGCGAAGCUCGGCCUGCACAGAUCCUGGAACGGGAGUCAUCAUGCAGGCAGCAGAAACACCUGAAGUUUCUUCUUCAGACUCCUCCCUCUCCAGCCAGCAUGUCAUUCUCACUCUAGUAGGAGGACAGUCUGCAGUGAGGCCCUGCUGUGCCGUAGAGCAGCAAACAGCCUGGGGGCUUCAUGCUCCUGUAGAGUGCACUGAACUGGACCUUCAGUAUCUCUCCAAUGCCCCAGAGCUCCAGACAUUCAGACCUUCAGACUUCAUAGCCAGAAAUAUCCCACAGUGCCCUCAGGCCUGAUUCUGCAGGACCUGGAGAGAAGAGAGCGAGAAGAGAAAGUGGAAAAGGAGAUUGUUAACGUGAAAAGAGAUCAUAGCUGCAAACGUACGAUUAUGGUAAUGAGACACUUAAAGAAUCAACAUACACACUCAAUACAAUUCAACAUACACACUCAAUACAAUAUAUAUAUAUAUAUAUCAUGUGAAGUUCAUUGAAAUAAGUGUGCUACUGUAGUUGUUUGAGGUUUCUGCAAUGUGAGAAACAGGUGCUUAUUAGCACAAAAGGACAUUAACAGGAGAGAGGCAGAGAAAAAAAAGAUCUUAAUUUGCCUAUAAAGUCGCAAUUAACAGAA